AGUGGGUGGCGCGGUCAGCCCAACGCAUCACCGGGGGACACAUACAGCACCCGAUGUCACAGGAAGGCGAAAAAUAUCAUGAAGGACAUCAACCAACCGAGUCACGGCCUGUUCACCCCUCUAUCAUCCAGAAGGCGAGGUCAGUACAGGUUACAUAUUUUCGGAUCCUACCAACUUCCCGCAAUAAGGAGGGUUUCCCCAAGGUUUGAAUACUGAACGUGACACUACUCGAACACUUCAUUCACUUCACCGCUUGCUCUUCAUAAAACUCCUCUGGAUUACUUUGCACUCAUCGGGAUAGCAGUUCACAAUCAAAGAUGUACCGGAACUUUGGGGACAUGGGCCGCGGAGGCAGCUCUACGUACCCCAACAGCGACUCUGGGCCCCCACACACCGCAUCGAGCGCUGUAUCCCAGGACACCAGCACUUCAACCACUCAACAACAUCAGAAGUUCACUGUGGCAGGAGGCAGUCAGUUUGUUCCCAGUCUCAACGACAUCACUUCCAACCAAGACCUCCAGUGGUUGGUCCAGCCCUCCCUCAUCGGUCCAGCUGGCCCCUCAUGGCCUCCACGUCCUCCUUGCCCACCUGUAGCAGGAAUGAGGUCCUUCAACCCCUCACCUUCCCAACCACACCUUUACAGACCAGGGGUCAUAAGGGCUGCGGCAAGUUCCGGAAGCACGACCAGACGCAGGAACGAUGAACAUUUGUCCCCAGAGGAGUUGGCAAGACGCAGAAUAAGGAGGGAGCGUAACAAACAGGCAGCUGCCAAGUGUCGUAACCGCCGACGUGAGCUGACAGACACGCUGCAAAGCGAGACAGACGAGUUGGAAGUUAAAAAGUCCCAUCUGCAGAAGGAGAUUGCUCAACUACAGAAGGACAAAGAAAAGCUAGAGUUGGUCAUAGAGGCCCACCGUCCCAUUUGCAAGAUCCAGGACUCUGACUCGGAUUCUGACCCGAGCUCAGGGCUUCCCUCAUUAGGAAUUAAAAUCGAGCCUGUGGACCUACCACGGUCCUCAGUAAAGAGCCAAUCAAAGAUUAAGAAGCCCAAACCCCAAAUUAUUAUCCCUGCUCGUCCUGUGACAUCCUUUACCGUCCCCAUAGAAUCUGAGUCCCUUCACACCCCAAUUCUUAUUUCUACUCCAUCUCUUACUCCUUUCAUGGCUAGUCUGGUCUUCAGUUAUCCCUCUGGCUCUCUAGACUCCAGUUCCACUAGUUCAUCCCAGGCUCUACCGCCUCUGCCAUCUUCCUCUCAACAGGAUGUGGCCCAGCAGUCUCGAAACCCCCAGCCCUGUAGUAUUGCCCAUCGCCGUAGCAGCAGCAGUGGGGACCAAUCAGAUCACUCCCUAAACUCCCCUACCAUCUUCACACUGUGAUUUAACGGGCCUCCAUGUUGGGAAAGACUGAGUGACAACACUGACGGUUAUGAAGAUGACGACGAUUAUGACAACGACAUGGGUGACCUACAAAAGCUAACACACUGACACUCACAAGGCAUUAUGGUGACGCAAACGACUCAUAUUUAAAGGAUUGUAUUGUUACACAAUUUUUUUGUUUUCCCUGAUGCAUUUAACUUCUGACUAACUACGGUAUAUGUGUUAUGCUCAAAACCCAAGAGGUAGAAUUGUGCAAAUGUUCAAACAAAAAUGCAUCAACUUUGUGCACUUUGUCAAUAAUGGUGAUAUUUUUGCAUUUGAAAUGUAGCAACCACAUCAAUUUACUGAAGCCUUACAUGUUCUGUAUGAACACUGGCCUUUAUUACCUGUAACAACAUGCUAAUAAACACGU